UUCAAGACUACUCGAGAAAUUCUUGUUCGCCAAAAGAGAUGGCAAAGAAAACAAAACCGAAAGGCGGAGAAGCAGAGAAAGCUGAGAAGAAGAGCCAUGACGGAGGUUCCUCCUCCAACGUUUUCAAAACCCUCUUCGGAGAUAUACCCGACGAUGGUGGUGGCGGUGUUUCUCUCUUCUCUAACAACCCCUUUCGAAGAAACCAUCAAGAACAGCAACAACAAGAGCAACAGUUGGGAUUAGGGUUUUUUGGUUCGGGUGGUGAAGUUAGUGAUGAUAACCCCAAAGGUGGAGGUUCUCAGGGAAAUGGGGACGAAGACCUGGGUGAGGAGAAGAAGAGGAAGAGACGCAAAGAGAGGAAGCCGGAAAUGGAUGCCGAUUCGAUUCAGGAUAAUGGUUCGGAGAGCCUGAAAGAGGCGAAAAAGAGAAAGCGAGAGGAGAGGAGAAACCGAAGUUUGGAUAUUGAUUUGAUCGAGAAGAGGACGAAUGAGAUUAAAAUAAGUGAUGGUCUCGAUGUUCCUGUUAAUAUGGAUAGAGACGGGGAAGAAAACAGGAACGCUGAGGGGAAGGAGAAGAAGAAGAAAAAAAGGAAGAGAGACGAGAUUGAGGAGGAAUACGAAGCUAGGCGUUAUGGGGUGGUGGUGAAGGUUGAGGAUGAAGAAGGGAGAUUGGGGGGGAAAGUAGUUGGCGAGAAGAGGAAAACGGUGGAUGAUCCUGCGGAGAUGUUGGUUUCCAAGGAAGGCUUUGAUGAUGAGAGUAAGCUUUUGAGGACUGUUUUUGUAGGGAACUUGCCUCUGAAGGUGAAGAAGAAAGCCGUGUUGAAGGAAUUUAGCCGUUUUGGCGAAGUUGAAUCUGUCAGGAUACGGUCUGUUCCACUUCUAGAUAGCAAAACACCAAGAAAGGGUGCAAUUUUCCAGGGGAAAAUCAAUGAAUCCGUUGACAGUGUCCAUGCAUAUGUUGUUUUCAAAGAUGAGCAAUCUGCCCAGGCUUCUUUGUCACACAAUAUGGCAAUGGUAGGAGGGAAUCAUAUUCGUGUUGACAGGGCAUGCCCACCUCGUAAAAAAUUGAAAGGAGAGAACAGUCCCCUUUAUGAUAGAAAGAGAACUGUUUUUGUGGGCAACCUCCCAUUUGAUGUGAAGGAUGAAGAGCUUUAUCAGUUAUUUUGUGGGAUCAAUCAAUUGGAAUCCAACAUUGAGGCUGUCCGUGUUAUUAGAGAUCCUCAUACCAGUGUGGGGAAGGGAAUUGCUUAUGUCUUGUUUAAAACAAGGGCUGCUGCUAACUUGGCCGUCCAGAAAAAGUCACUGAAGCUCCGAGAUCGUGAAUUGAGACUCUACCAUGCCAAACCAGAUUCUACUCCAGCAAAGAAAAGAAGUAUUUCACCCACAUGGGCAGAUAAUUCCCCAAAGAAAAGGUUAGUUGUGGCUUCCAGUGGGGGUGCUUCAUCAGACAAGGGUAAGGCCAAGGCAAGACCUCUCUCGUACCAGGGCUUAAGAGCAAGCAAAACAGGAAUGCAAAAGAAAGGGGGUUUACGCCCAAGAAAAUCUGAGCAAGGGAAUGUAAAAUCUAAAAAGGGUUCUGGGCAGAAAGAACGCAAGGGCAAAAGGCCUGCAGUCGCUGCUAGAAAGGCAGCAAUGAAGAGUGGUGCAACUCCAAGACAACCAGGGAAAAAACGGAAGCUUGAAAGCCGGACCCCAGAGAGUUCACACAAAAACAAGAAAGCCAAGAAGUUGAAAUAGGAAAGAUAAUUUUACAAGGGUCUAUUCUGUUGUACUAGCUUUGAUAAUUUAAAGGGAAAUUUUAUGAGAACUUGGAUAAAAAUCACAGCUCUUGUUUUAGUUGCCUUUUCCCUUCCAUUGAAGAGAUCGUUGUAGCAUCUAAACUAUUAUGUAUUAUUCAAUCGAUUGGUAUAUGUAACAGAUAUCUGUUGCGUUAUUUAUUGAUAUCUCUAGUUAGUUUCUUCCCCC